AAUGUUCUACGGCUUUGCAGCAAGUGGAUGUCAUUAGUGCCUUGUUAGCGAUUCGAAGAGGCGUAAUUCCGAGUUUACUUGUUUGUACAAAUUUUAGUAGUUUCAGUAGCUAGUUGGAUAUUCGCCCACUCAGCAGAAAAUGUUGCACUUUGGGAGAUCGUGGUGUCUUCCCUUCCUUUUCGCUCUAAUUGCGCAGGCGAUUGGAGGCACUGAAGACAAUGAGGUAGCCUCCCAACAUGAAAGAAAUACAUGGUUUAAAAAAUGGAGACUUCCUCAACAUUUUCACCAUCCUUCUGCUCCCAAAGACUCUCCAUCUCCUCCUUCCUGGAGUAAAGCUUAUAUAACUGAGGGGAUUCUCCACCUUCCAUAUGCUGAAAUUGAUGAAGAUUUCUAUGCUUGGGUUGAUUUAGAUAGUGGGAAAAGCAGAAUUGAUUUUUAUGGAGGCAUGAUGAAGACAUAUCAACUAUCCAGUGAAGGACCAUAUGGUACGGCAAAGAAAAUAGCCCCAAUGACCACUGAAACAGUAAAAAAUCAGUUGAAUUGUUUUCAGACUUCUGGAAGUGCUGAAGAGCCAGUGGAAGCUCAAGGAGUCCUACCUGAUAUCUCAAACUUUAAGUUAAUUGGCAUCGAAGUCAUGAAUGGUCAGAGUUGCGAAAAGUGGGAGUACAUUAGCACCGUCGGUGAUAAAACAAAUCGCUAUACUAUGUGGCUCCAGCAUCAAUUUGCUGGAACCCGUCAGCAAAUUACCGUUCCCGUCAGAUACGAAAUGAAGGGAUAUAAUUCCCUUUUGGGUUCUCAUUACGAUCAUUAUUACUUAGACUAUACCAGUUUUACAGCAGAGAAACCAAAUGAAGGCGCCUUCAUGAUUGAUUCUGAUGUCGGCGAAUGUCAUGGAUUCCCGGGCCCUGGCGUUGAUCACGUUUAUACAUUUAAUCCGAUGCGGGAAUUCGCGCAUGACCACACCAAGCAUGUGGAUGAUACUUUCGAUUCGUUCGUUCGUCAUCAUAAAAAGGGUUACAAAAACGUAACCGAACAUGAACAUCGCAAAGAUAUUUUUAGGCAGAAUAUGAGAUUCAUCCACUCAAAGAAUCGGGCUGGUUUAUCAUACAAACUGGCUCCAAACCAUAUGGCCGACCGAUCUUCGGAUGAGAUUAAAUACAUGCGUGGGAAGUUACGUUCCACAGGGUACAACGGAGGAUCGGCUUUUCAUUACACUAAAGCCGACGUUGAAAAUUUGCCCGAUCAAAUGGAUUGGAGGCUUUAUGGCGCUGUUACCCCUGUAAAAGACCAGAGCGUGUGUGGUUCUUGCUGGAGUUUUGGUACUGUGGGAACUAUCGAAGGGGCUCUCUUCCUUAAAACAGGCAAACUUACCCCACUGUCUCAACAGGCUCUUGUGGAUUGCAGUUGGGGAUUCGGCAAUAAUGGCUGUGAUGGAGGAGAGGAUUUCCGUGUGUACCAGUGGAUGAUGAAGCAUGGAGGCAUUCCAUCAGAUGAGAGCUAUGGUCCAUACCUUGGAGCUGAUGGCUACUGUCACAUAGACAAUUCUAGUCUUGUCGCUUCCAUUAAAGGCUAUGUUAACGUAACAUCGGGGGACAUCGAUGCGUUACGCGUUGCCAUUUUCAAACACGGUCCCAUAUCUGUUGCUAUCGAUGCUGCGCAUCGUGCGUUUUCGUUUUAUGCCAACGGAGUUUAUUACAACCCUGAAUGCGGCAGCGGAGAAGAUAGUCUGGAUCACGCUGUUCUGGCUGUUGGUUAUGGAAUCCUGAAAGGCGAACCGUAUUGGUUGAUUAAAAAUUCGUGGUCGACUUAUUGGGGAAAUGCUGGGUAUGUUUUGAUGUCGCAAAAAGACAAUAAUUGUGGUGUCGCGACAUCGCCAACUUAUGUAAUCAUGUGAGAUUACUUUGAAGCCAAUUGAAAAA